AUAUAGAUCUGCACCACCCUCCUCGCGAAAUCUCACAGAAGUUAUCAAAGUGCGAGAAAUGGAGGGUGAUCAAAAGUUGAGGCUGAGGCUGAGGCUCUUCUCGGUGGUUUUGGCAUGCGUUGUCGGAGUCUCUAGUGCGCAGAGCGCCUCCAACGUCAAGGCGAGGUACCAUUACUACAACCCCGUGGAGAACAACUGGGACCUGAACGCCGCGCACGCCUACUGCGCGCCGUGGUACGCGAGCCAGUCGAAGGAGUGGCUCAAGAAGUGGGGUUGGACCGGGUUCUGCGGCCCGGCCGGGCCGACCGGGCAAGCGGCUUGCGGAAAAUGCUUGAACGUGACAAAUGCGAAAACAGGAGCUAAAGCGACGGUGAGGAUCGUCGACACCUGUAGCAGUGGAGGGCUGAAACUGGACGCCCAGGUUUUCCGGAUGCUGGACACGACGAAGGAAGGAUAUCAUGCGGGCUAUAUUACGGUUAACUACGUGUUCGUGAGCUGUUAAAUCUCCCUGGGGAUGUUCGUAAUCAGAAUCAGUGCCGGGUCGAUCGAGAGUCCUAGUUCCUAUGCCUACGGGUGCUUAAUCACAAUCGUGUGGCCGAUCUUAUAAUAAAAGAUACAUGUGUGCUGCUUUUCUUCGCA